AUGGAAAGUAUCUCAGAGAAAACGGGUUGGGAUGGAUUAGGCCACUCCUCUCUGACGUCUGCGACGGCAGGAAGAACCAACCUCACUUCCUCCCUCUUCUCCGACUUCACGUCCCUCAACAGUUCUCAUGGAGGCACAGGGUCCUACUAUUGGAUUAUCCCAGAGAACGCCUCAACCACCACGCCCCAAGCCUUACCCCAGCCCAGGGUGAGGGAUCUGGGCCUGGCCCGGGCCGAGAUAGGGGUGCUGGGCCUGGUACUGGCCCUGACUACCCUGGGUAACGGCUUUGUACUGUGGGUGCUGCUUCGCAGGAGGAAACAAAACGCUCCCAUGCACCUGUUCAUGGUCAACCUAUGUCUUGCUGACCUGGUGGUGGCGCUGUUCCAGGUACUUCCCCAGCUGGUGUGGGACAUCACAGGAAGGUUCCAGGGGCCGGAUUUUCUGUGUCGCUCAGUAAAAUACCUGCAGAUCGUAGGGAUGUUCGCGUCCUCCUAUAUGAUCGUUGCCAUGACGGUAGAUCGGCACUAUGCCAUCUGCUGCCCACUGCAAGCCUACCGUGGUGGGUCCGUGUCGCGCUGGAACACCCCUAUCAUGACGGCCUGGGGCCUGGCCCUACUGCUCUCCAUACCACAGUUCUUCAUUUUCUCGCGGUCAGAGGUGUCUCCAGGAGAGUUUGAGUGCUGGGGUUACUUCGCUGAGCAGUGGGGGCUCAAGGCCUACAUCACCUGGAUGACCCUAGCAGUGUUCUUACUGCCAGCACUAAUCAUCACCGUCUGCCAGAUCCGGAUCUUCAGAGAGAUUCACAACAACAUCUAUCUGAAGUCAGAGAGGAUGGUGUCAGCAGAGCUCAAGAAGAACAACGCUGUCAUCUCCCUGGCCCUGACGCCCCCCUCCAUCUCCAAAGCCAUGUCUAAGACGGUGAGGAUGACUUUGGUGAUAGUGUUGGUGUACACAGUCUGCUGGUCCCCCUUCUUCAUCGUCCAGCUUUGGGCUGCCUGGGACCCCAACCCUCCAGAUCAAGGCGUGGCGUUCACCAUCCUGAUGCUGCUGGCCAGUCUGAAUUCAUGUACCAACCCCUGGAUCUACACCUUCUUCAGCAGCUCUGUGUCCAGGGAGCUGCAGGCCCUCCUACGCUGCAGACACAGAGCCUCCCGCAGGGGCUCCAUACCUGACGACUCCACCACCACACACACCUCCACCACCACACACACCUCCACCACCAAGGACAGCCUCUACUGA